UGUGAUCCUUGAAACUCAAUCCGGACAAUCAUAUAAAAUAAUUUUUAAUUUUUUAACACUGCUUCUUGAGAUGAACAUAUCAUUACUCAGAUGAGAUAUCUUGCACCUGGAGCUUUGCUCAGAAGUUUAACUGUUAUUUUAAUCAUUUAUUGGGAUUGAGAUGUUUCGAGUUUGCUCAAAUUGAACAGUGAUGGUAGAUUUAAGUGUGGAUAUGCGGUGAAUAAAACUCACGAUUAUGUUCAGUGUACAACCAUCUUUAAAUUCGUCGAUAAAACAGGCACAAAAUGGAAAACCACAAAAGAGAAUCCAACAAAAUUGUCGAAUUUUCGGUUUGUCGGUUAGAAACAGAAACAAAACGACAGCGCUUCGCAAUAUUAAAAUUCCGAAGAUUCCUCGAUAUUUUUUUUUGUAACAUCUUUAUUUGAAACGGCUCAUAAUCCUCGAUAUUUCAUUUAAUGGUGUAGCUUUAAUAACGACUUGCUCAUGAUGGACAACAAUCUACUUGCCGCGUACAAACUGAUAAAUUGUCAGCUGGUCAACAGCAACCAGAAACUGAAGGAAGAAAUGCGGGAUAAAAUUGAGAUGAUAAAUGAACUCAACGAUCAAGUAUUCAAAUAUCGAGCCGAAAAUAAAACCCUCCGGGAUAUGGUCCAGAAGCUGCUGGAGCAAUUUAAGACGAUAACGACUAUCAUGAUUUCGGUAAGAGACCAGAGUGAAUCUGUAUUCAAAGUCAUACACAACGAGCACGCUAUCGAAGAAGCGGAGCAGCAGAUGAGACGACCCAUAGCUGGAUUGUACUACGAAAAACGUCGAGCCGAAAAUCCUCCCUAUGUCGAUGAGGCUGCCAUUACAGAGGAAGAUGACGAAAAUCAAUCCGAGGAGGAUUAUCGAAACUCCAUCAUCAGCCAGGAGGAAACUGUUGAACAAGAUGGGGAGGAAAACUCCCUCAACGAUAGCUUAACGACCAGCAUAAGUCCGUUGGUAAAAAGACUGCAGCAGAGAAAAUCUCGUAAUCGAAGUAUCGACGAAUCUUUCGAAACAAUCGAUACGCAGCGCGUGGUAAAAGUGGCCCGCAGAAGUCAAGACUAUCUGCAUGAUCGUUUAUCGCGAGAGGGUAUCGAGGAUCUCUGUAGCGUUCAAGAAAUUACGGACAGGGAAGAAACGGACCUAGUAGAAUCGAUGGACAUUAGCCAGACAUUGGUUCCCCUUCCAAGCAUAGUGAUUGACGGGACCACCAUUCAACCGAAUGCGUCAUUGCAGUCUGAUGAACCAUCCACCUCCAUACUGGAAGCGAGCAGUUUUGCCGAACAAUCCGGCGUUCCAAGUGAUCACAGCACGCAAAGUGAUCUAAAUCCGGUGACCGAUCAAAGCCUCCGGCCACAGUCGAUGAAAAGGAUGGCCAGCGAUUCGAUGCUCUCUACGCUGAUCGAACGAACACUGAACAAGGAAAACAUAAUCACGGACGAUACGAUCUCAAAUGCAACUUGUUCGACGCCGUUGGCCAAGAGUCGCCGGGUUCGAAAUCGAAACAACAGCUCGAACAACCACCCUCCGGUGUCGCCGGUGGUGGUCCUAAAACCGUUAACGAAGGCUAACUUGAGCGAGCACAACAUUUCGUACGAUUUGAUACGCGUUAAAGAUCAACCUAACGAGAGUACCGUUGCGAAUACGAGGGAAUUAGACAACAAUUCCAAAGCUGAAAGUCUCGAGUCCAGCGAGUCGAGACGACCCCGGCGAAGAGCGGCGCCAAAACAGCUCAAGGAGCCUUCGUGUUCCCAAAAGCUGCGGCGUACUUGAAUGAAUAAUUGUAAGCCGUUUUCUGUAUCGUUUAAUUAAGUUAUGGCGCUUUCAGCGUUCAGGCAUCAAUUGAAAAUAUAACGUUUUAGCUUA